GAGCGAGCGGAGCUGCAUGCUUCAUGAAUGAGUCCCCCUCCACUGCACCGCAGGUCGGACCCCUCAUCUGCGAGCACCCUGAUGCCCGUAUGGGUGCGCAGACUGGCGGGGAACAGUAGAGGAGCCCGCCGCUGAUGAGCCCCGGACGGUAAAGACUUCCUGAUCAGGACUACAUGAGCGAUUCAUCUAAUCAGGAACAACGCGACAGGAGAAGGCACGAUGCUUGAUGGACUCAGGCGGAGGCAUGCCUCCCGGCCCUCCCCCCGACCCCUCUCUCUCAACUUCAGCACCUUCUCCGCCCCUCCCCCGAGCCCGGACAUGGAGAGCAGCAGUGAACAUCCAAUCAGGAGGACUCUGCACCGGCUGAAGCUGAUGAGCUCCCCCAGUCUCAGCGAGCUGGGGAAGAGCGAGAAAAGUUCGCCGGAGGAUAGAGGGGAGAAGCAGAAGAGGGCAGGAGCCAAUGCCACCUGGAACAGCAUCCACAACGCCGUCAUCGCAGUCUUCCAGAAGAAAGGCUUGGCAGAUAACGAGCUCUACGUCCUCAAUGAAGGUGUCCGGCAUUUGUUGAAGACUGAGCUGGGGUCUUUCUUCACGGAAUACCUUCAGAACCAGUUGCUGACAAAAGGCAUGGUCAUCCUUCGGGACAAAAUAAGGUUCUACGAAGGUCAGAAGUUACUUGACUCUCUGGCAGAAACCUGGGACUUCUUCUUCUGUGAUGUUCUCUCGAUGUUGCAGGCCAUCUUCCACCCGGUUCAGGGUAAGGAACCGUCCGUCCGACAACUAGCUCUGCUUCACUUUAGGAACACCAUAGUCCUGAGCGUCAAGUUAGAGGAUGCCCUGUCUCGGCCUCGGGCUCGGGUGCCCCCUUCUGUCACACAGAUGCUGCUUAUUCUACAGGGGGUCCAUGAGUCACGGGGUGUGAAUGAGGACUACCUGAGGCUCGAGUCUCUUGUUCAGAAGGUGGUCUUGCCCUACUUGGGCACCCAUGGCCUGUACUCUGGAGAUGGCGCAGAGGCUCAAUGCUGUGUUCUGGAGAAGCGUUUACAUUGGGGCUGUUCCAAGUCUGCAGAUCAGCUGUCUAAAAACCCAGUGGUACGAUCGAAAAGCUACAAUAUCCCUCUGCUGCUGACCCCCGUGGCUGAGUAUGACCCAGAUGCCAGCUCCAUUGGCAGUGGAGGAAUUAGGCGCCACUCGGCCUGUGAGAUUAUAUCAUGCCUGGAGGAACAAGGACUGGCCUACGCUGACCUGGCCUCGGGAUCUGAACUGUCUGGCCCCUCCUCCAACAGGCUGUGUGUGGCCUCUCAAUUCAAAGGUAUCGUACAAGCAGGAGCCAGCGCUCUGGACUUGCCUCUUACGUCUGCCUCCAUCCUUCCCCUUCACUCCUCAGGAGCCCUCCAUGGCACUGAGGCCACAACAACAAUGACUGAUCUCAGUAAGGCUGCAUCCUCCACGCCACCCAGUGAAUCAUCCAGCCCUGAAACCAUAAUUGGACAAGUGCUAGAGUCUGCAGACUCAGACUCCGAUGGGAUAUUUAUUGAUUUCCCCCCCCACUCCUCAGAGGCUAUGGGGUACAGCCGCGAGAGCAGGCAGAGCACUGUGUAGCUGUGGUUGCCUUUAGGAACGCACCCCCUCACGUGUGUAUGGUAAUAAUCUGGGACAAAGUCAAAAAUAAUUCUUAAAACUACAUUUCAUUUAAUGGGUACCAUUUCUUUUCUGUUGUACGCGGAGGUCAUUCCUGCUGCUUUCACUGGUGGAUGCAAACCUCGUAACUCUAAAAAUGUAAUUUUCUAAAAGCUAAGAAAAACACUCUUGCCUAAUUUCAUUGUUAUUAAAAUGCUGGAGAUGUUUUAAUGUGUUUUCAACUUUGACGACAGUGUAGUUGUAACUUUAUCAAAUGAGCUUUGAAAGGUUUUUAUAACCUCAGAUCAUUUUCUUAAAGGAUAACUCUCUUUUUCUUAUGGUCAACAAAUCCCAUGAAAUGACCAAAACUUUUGCCUCUUAAAAACAUCUCAAUGAACCACACUGUUGCACUGGUGUCAUGUGGAUUAACACAGUCACUGUAGUUUGAUCCCUCAUAUAUGCUCCUGGUAAAUUAGAGCCCAACCAAUAGUAGCCUAUGCUAGGUAUAUCAGUAUUGGUGUACAUGUUCAAUUUUUUUAAUUUCUUUAAGUUAUACAGGCAGCAUUUUAUGUUCAUUUAAUCUUCACUCAAUAAUUUAAUUUAAUUUUUCCUAAUUCAAGUCCAAAAGACUACUUGACCACUGGGAAAAUGGUCUCAGACUUUUGGGCCUGACUGUGUGUGUAUAAAAAAUAUUGGCCAAUAUAUCAACUUUUGUUUUUACUCCCUAAUAUCCACAUUGGUGUUGGCCCCAAAAAUCCAAUAUCAGUCGCGCUCUACUGUUAAUACUCACCAGAACACAAACAAGUGUGAAACCACAGUUGAAGAUAAUCCCUAAUAAAUACAAUAAUUACUUUUGUUUGAAGAAUGUUUGCAAUGUACA